AUGCUAAGAUUUAUUCAACGUCCCGCAAGCAGACGUUCUUUCCAUCAAUCCCUACUAGCACAAGUUGCUAAGGAAAAACAUGAUGUUGUCAUCAUCGGUGGUGGUCCAGGUGGUUACGUUGCUGCUAUUAAAGCUGCCCAAUUAGGUCUCAACACUGCGUGUAUUGAAAAGCGUGGUAGAUUGGGUGGUACCUGUUUAAAUGUUGGAUGUAUUCCUUCGAAGGCUCUUCUAAACAGUUCUCAUUUGUACCAUCAAAUCCAGCAUAAUUCCAAGCAAGUCGGUAUUGACGUUGGAUCAGUUGCGCUCAAUGUUAACCAAUUCCAAAAGAGUAAGGAUAAUGUUGUUAAGCAACUGACCGGUGGUAUCGAAAUGUUGUUUAAGAAGAAUGGCGUUAAGUACUAUAAAGGUGAGGGAUCUUUUGUUGAUGAGCACAAUGUUAAGGUUUUACCUGUUGAAGGUCUUGAGGGUACUGUUGCUGAGGAGACUGUUUUGGAGGCCAAGAACAUCAUCGUGGCUACCGGAUCUGAAGUUACUCCAUUCCCAGGUAUCACUAUCGAUGAAGAAAGAAUUGUCUCAUCUACUGGUGCUUUGUCCUUGAAGGAGAUUCCAAAGAAAAUGGUCAUCAUUGGUGGUGGUAUCAUUGGUUUGGAGAUGGGUUCUGUCUACUCCAGAUUGGGAUCUAAGGUCACCGUUAUCGAGUUCCAACCUCAAAUUGGAGCAACUAUGGACGGCGAGGUAGCAGCCACCUCUGAAAAGCUCUUGAAGAAGCAAGGUUUCGAUUUUAAAUUGGGCACCAAGGUUCUUUCUGCUGAGAGAAAUGGUGACACUGUCACCGUUAAGGCUGAAAACGUUAAGUCUGGUAAGGUUGAAUCCUUAGAAGCCGAUGUGUUGUUGGUUGCAAUCGGUAGAAGACCAUACUUCCAAGGCUUGAAUGCCGAGAAGCUUGGUUUGGAAGUUGACAAACGUGGAAGACUAGUUAUCGAUGAGCAAUUUAACACUAAGUUCCCUCACAUCAAGGUCAUCGGAGACGUUACCUUCGGACCAAUGUUGGCACAUAAGGCCGAAGAAGAAGGUAUCGCAGCUGUGGAAUACAUAAAGAACGGCCAUGGGCACGUAAACUACGGCAACAUUCCUUCCGUCAUGUAUACCCACCCAGAAGUCGCAUGGGUCGGCAAGACUGAAGAACAACUAAAGGAGGCUGGCAUCUCAUACAAAGUCGGUAAAUUCCCAUUCAUUGCCAACUCCAGAGCUAAGGCUAACACCGACACCGAAGGUUUCGUUAAAAUCUUGAUAGACGCAGAAACCGAACGCUUAUUGGGUGCCCAUAUUAUCGGACCAAAUGCGGGUGAAAUGAUCGCCGAGGCAGGUUUGGCAUUGGAAUACGGUGCUUCUGCCGAAGAUAUUUCCAGAGUUUGUCACGCGCACCCAACCCUAUCUGAGGCGUUCAAGGAGGCAAACUUGGCUGCUUUCUCUAAGCCUAUAAACUUCUAA